CCAAACUCUAAACACCCAUAUAAAAUGCAUGUCAAAUGGACCGAGACUCACACACAAACAUCAUCAUUUCACUUUGGUUCUGUUCUCUUCUUCUUCUUCUUCAUGGAGAGUCCAAAAAACAUGAAGCUUUCUCUUAAGCCUGCUAAAGGAAGUGGAGGAGGAGGAAUGAUCAUGAGUAGUCCCACUUCACAUUACCUGUCCAUCAAGAACCAUUAUUCCCCGCCUCAAGAUCAUGAUCAUCUGAAAGAGAGACAGAAUUAUGACAAAAACAAGUUUCAGGCUUGCUUUAAGCUUUUUGCAAAGAACACUAGACCGCAGGAAUUUACACUCCAUACUCAGGAAAGAGCCUUCAAGCGUGCAGUUUACAAUUACACGAUGGCAACCAAAGUUUAUCUGAUAGAGCAACAGAAGAGGCAAGUAGAGAGGGUGCAGAAGAUGAUUGAGGAGGAAGAGAUAAGGAUGAUGAGAAAAGAGAUGAUUCCUAGAGCUCAACUAAUGCCUAUCUUUGACAGACCCUUCUUUCCUCAGAGGUCAACUAGGCCUUUAACGAUUCCCAAAGAGCCAGGCCUCCAAAGGAAAGCUUCAAGCUGCAUCUCAUGCAGUUAGCCAGCUUAUACAUCUCCUUCAUGAGAAGUAUUGAAAGAAGAAGAAUCCAUCUUUAGAGAUUGAAGUGAAGAGGAUGUCAUGAUUCCUCUCUGUUGUCAUUUCUGCAUUCUGCAAUAAUUCCAUGUUUUGUUUUGGCAAGCUUGAGAUUGAGACUGUGUUCUUAGUUAACAGCUUGACAGUAGAAUGAAGAAAAGGAAAAUCCUAUGUGGCUAGCUAUAGGUAGGGUCUUCUACUUAUUUGUCAUCACUUUGUCUUCCCAAUUAAUAAAUGACUUGGAUUGAAAAAAUAAA